AUGGCGUCUCACUCGUCUUCAGCGAUUCCAAAUGGUACGACGGCGACUCUGGCGACGAAUUCGUCUUUAUGUAAUGAUCUUUAUGAGAAUCCGUUGUAUCUACACAGUACCGAUCAUGUUGGGCUCCAGAUAGUCACUGAUUGCCUCAAUACUGGAACAGAGUUUCAUUCUUGGCGACGAUCUGUUCGCAUGGCAUUGAAUGUACGUAACAAACUUGGAUUCAUCGACGGUACUAUCACUCAACUUUCUUCUGAUCAUCCUCUGUAUGGUUCUUGGUCACGUUGUAAUGAUAUGGUUAGUACUUGGUUGAUGGGAUUGGUUUCUAAGAAAAUAGUGCAGAGUUUAUUGUAUAUGCCUACUGCUGCUGCGAUUUGGAAGAGCAUUAUCUCUCGUUUUAAACAAGAUGAUGCACCGCGUGUUUUUGAGAUAGAACAACUUCUAGGAUCACUACAACAGGGCUCAAUGGAUGUUAGUGCUUAUUUUACUGAAUUGGUCACAUUAUGGGAGGAGUAUACCAAUUAUAUCGAGAUUCAUGUUUGUACAUGUGGACGUUGUGAGUGUAAUGCAGCGGUUUUGUGGGAAAGGUUGCAACAAAGGAGUAAGGUCACCAAGUUUUUGAUGGGUCUUAAUGAUGGUUUUAAUCAAACUAGGCGGUAUAUAUUGAUGCUUAAGCCUAUUCCAAGUAUUGAUGAAGUAUUCAACAUGGUUCAACAAGAUGAAUGGCAGCUGAAUGUCAAGCCGAUUGUCAAGGCUGAGAAUGUAGUUUUUCAGACCAUUGGAUCUUAUGAUGGAGCAAUGUAUGAGUCUGGUGAAUUUUCUGGUGCUUACAGUUCUUAUAGACCAAGGGGUAACAGGCCAUUGUGUACUCAUUGUGAUCAGAUGGGACACACGGUGCAGAAGUGUUAUCGUCUCCAUGGCUAUCCUCCUGGAUAUAAACACUAUAAUAAUAACAAUGGUCGCAAUAAUGGUGGUAAUAAUUCUGGUUAUCGACCUACUAAUUCCUUUGCUCCUCGAGGUCAAUCUUUCACAACUCCAAGAUCCACGUCUAAACCAUCUGAGACUAAUAUGCAACGGACUGUUGCUAAUGUGUUUGAUGGAACACCGAGUGGGCAGCUUCUGUAUUAUCCUCCUCCACCAGUUUCUCCAAUGAACUUGGAUGUUACUAAACUCUCUCAGUCUCAAGUUCAGGGGCUUAUUCACCAAUUGAAUCAGAUGUCUGCUCAAGUAGCUGCUUCAGAGCCUCUAGCUCCGAUUUCUCAGUCUUCCAUUUCAAUCUCUGAAAAAGGUGUCAUGGCUGUUAAUUCGACUUCCGGCAUUAUAGUUACUUUGCCAAAUGGUAUCAAAUUGCCCAUUCAUCAUUCUGGAAAUAUACAUUUGUAUGCAUCAUUAGUUCUUUAUGAUGUUUUACAUGUUCAUGAUUUUCAUUUUAAUCUGAUUAGUGGGUUUUCUCAGGACUCGAUGAUUGGUAGGGGUCAUCUCAUGCAUCAUCUUUAUAUUCUAGACUUACAAUCCCUAUCAUCUCUCAAAAUUCCUGAGUCCUCUUCUUCUGAGUUCUUUUGUGGAUCCUUGUCGUCUGAUGCGACUCUCUGGCAUCAUCGCCUUGGACAUCCGUCAAGUGCACAAGUUACAACAUGGGUUACAACAUGA